AUGUGUCAUCGCGCUUGCUGUGUUCUGUGUUAUCUCACUCAUUCCUUGCAGUCCCUGGGUUGCUGGUAUUAUCAUGAUAAUCUUGAUAUUAAUGAACAUCGAACUCACCGGCUUCCUUGGAUUAGCCGGUAUCAAGUUGAAUCCGAUCUCUGCCUAACAAUAAUCACUGCCGUUGGUACUGGAGUGGAAUUCACUGCACAUAUUCUACUAGUUUUUGUGUCAUCUCUUGGUACUCGCGAGAACCGGAUGGCAGCGUCCAUCGCCCUCUACGAUGACGACGACAACGAUGCUGCCGAAGCGAUCAGCAAAGGGAGCGAAGAAAGCUGCGAAGUCGCACAAGGCUCGCAGUGGUGA